GUUAAACUUGUGAAGGUCCGUUCGGUCGUUCGUUCCUCCACGGCCGAAAUUAGAAUCAACCUGUCAGCGUCCAUCCUCUUCCUCUUCUUCUCUCUUUCGUGUGUAGAGGAAAUUUUGAUAGUUUCAGGGCUUUUGUUGUUACUGGGAUUUUCCAUGGAAGUUUCGUUAACUUCAAUGCUACCAACAUUCAAGCUCCGCCGUUCUACUGACUUUAGUUGUCCUUGCCGCUGUUAUUGUUGUUGUUCUUGCUGCUGGGGUUUGGUUUAGUUCAAUUUUUUUGCUCUCUGAUCGUGUUUGUGUUAUGAUCGGUGUAUCUUUUUGGGGUUUCGAAUUCGUUUGCUAGGGUUGUUGGGUUGGGUUUGUUUGUACUUAAUGGAUUUGUCUAAUUCUCAGUCUAAUCUUUCUCGUGGACGUGCUUCGCCGCCCCACCGCGCUCAGAUUGCCGAUGAUUCUAUACUGCUUCAUCUCGAUUCUUCUCGACGGGGACCCACGUAUUCGUCUCCCCCUGUUCCUCUUCAGUUGAUGGAACCGCAGACGGAGAAUCAGAGAUACGAGAAUGGAGAUGCCAAGAGAGAUGGCGAUGACUACGAAGAUAGAGAUGUAGAAGAGUUUCGUAUUCUGGGUCAUUCUAUGUGCUUGAAGCGCCGAAGAGAUGGCGAAUCUUCGUCCUUAUUGGGUUCUACAAAGAGAGUUUCGUGUGAAUUCGAUAUGGAGACACGAAGGAAUGCUGUACGCGCGUGGGGUAACCAGACCCUUCGAGCCGCCGACUCGAAGCUAUUUGGGAUUAUGGAGAAGGAGAAACAGAGGCAAAUCAUGGGCAUUGAAUUGAUUGCUUCUGAAAAUUAUGUGUGUCGGGCAGUCAUGGAAGCACUUGGAAGUCACUUGACUAAUAAGUACUCCGAAGGUAUGCCCGGUGCGAGGUAUUAUGGUGGAAACCAAUAUAUAGACGAGAUAGAAACCCUAUGUCGUGAGCGCGCAUUGGCGGCGUUUGAUCUUAAUUCUCAUGCUUGGGGAGUAAAUGUUCAACCUUAUUCAUGCACGUCUGCGAACUUUGCUGUCUACACUGGUCUGUUACUGCCCGGCGAUCGAAUCAUGGCGUUGGAUUCUCCUUCUGGUGGCAAUCCUAGUCAUGGCUACUGUACUCGAAAUGGGAAAAAGGUUACUGGGGCUUCAAUUUUCUUUGAGAGUUUUCCGUAUAAGGUCAAUCAUCAAACUGGUUAUAUCGAUUAUGAUAAGCUUGAGGAGAGGGCGCUUGACUUUCGCCCAAAAUUACUUAUUUGUGGGGGUAGCGCAUAUCCUCGUGAAUUGGAUUAUGCAAGGUUUAGGCAGAUUGCAGACAAGUGUGGAGCAGUUCUGAUGUGUGAUAUGGCUCAAAUUAGUGGCCUUGUUGCUGCUAAGGAAUGUGUGAGCCCUUUUGAGUACUGUGAUGUUGUGACUUCAACUACUCAUAAGAGCCUUCGAGGUCCAAGGGGAGGUAUAAUUUUUUAUAAGAAGGGUUAUAAGCCAAGGGGAAGAGCAAUCGUUCUGUAUCAAGGAAAUGACCCUGAGGAAUAUGACUUUGAGGAGAGGAUAAACUUCGCUGUUUUUCCAUCCUUACAAGGUGGACCACACAAUAACCAUAUUGCUGCUCUUGCUGUGGCCCUAAAACAAGUGGCUACUCCAGAGUACAAGGCAUAUAUGCAGCAGGUGAAAAAGAAUGCUCAAGCCUUGGCUUCUGCUUUACUUCGAAGGAAUUACAAGCUUGUAACAGGUGGCACUGAUAAUCACAUGGUACUCUGGGAUCUAAGGUCCUUGGGAUUGUCAGGUAAAAACUUGGAGCAACUUUGUGAGAUGUGCCACAUUACUCUCAACAAAAUUAUAAUAUUUGGUGAUAAUGGUGUUAUUACUACGGGAGGAGUAAGGAUCGGAACCCCGGCCAUGACAUCAAGAGGUUGUCUGGAAUCUGACUUUGAGGUAAUUGUUGAAUUUCUUCAUACAGCUGCUCAGAUUGCAAUUUGUAUUCAGCAAAAGUAUGGGAAGUUGCCAAAGGCAUUUCUUACGGGCCUUCAAAGUAAUAAUGAAGUUGUUGAGCUCAGACACCGUGUUGAAAGUUUUUCAGCUAAAUUUGCCAUGCCAGGCUUUGAAACUUGAAAGGGUAGUUGGAAAUGCAUUUGGAAAUGGAUGGCCAUUCGUAUUCCCUAAAAAAAUCAUAUUUGCUGCUCAUCAUGCCUUCCGUAUUUAGAACCUAUGAAGCUUCUCCCUCACCUGGGGUUGCUGUUUACUCAUUUGCCAGCAUUUACAUAUGAUCAUGUGGUUUGGAGGAGGGUCCUUGCAAUCAUCAGAAGAGCAUUUGGCAGUACCGAACUUUUCUUCUGUAAGGUAGUAAGGGUAUACAAGGGAUAGAGGCGUCGUGAGCAGUUUUUUUGUGGUUUCAUUUUUGGGAUUAAAUCAACUAAAGAGUUGGUUGUUACGAGGGAAUAUAAUUAAGAAUCUAGACUCUAAAUUAUCAGAGUUCUGGAUGACUUUUUGGAUCCGAUUGUUUAUGGCCCAAGCUGAGGAAUCAUUUUGCCAGCUUGAUGUGUGAUGAUGUGGUAGGAAGUAGGCACAAUGCUGAUCAAUUUCCUUUGAUCAGUUUCCAUUGUGUAAGUUCUUGCUACUUUUCCUUCAUCAUAAAUUAUGUCAAGUUCAUUAUAUUAUUAUGCAAGUGUCCAUUCAUCAAUGUAGUUAACUUCUCUGAAAUUUUAUUGGUCCAUGAUUGUUAAUAGAAAUUGCUGCCAUAGUUCUUGCA